GAAAGUACUCUUUAAGCUUUAAUUGAAUAUACUUUACAGCUAGUUAGUUUUGUUUGUUAUAUUGAAACAAGAACUUGUCGAGUUCGACCACACCGUUACCAUGGGAGCGCUUGCUUCUAAACUUGAAGCUAUGUUCAGUGGAUUUGCAUCUGAUCCUGUACGCGUAUUGAUGCUUGGGUUGGACUGUGCAGGAAAAACAACGAUACUGUACCGUUUAAAACUCAACAACGUUGUGAAAACUAUACCGACGAUCGGAUUCAAUGUAGAAACCGUUACUCCGUGUAAAGGAUUGACUAUAACUGUAUGGGACGUGGGUGGGCAAACCAAACUACGACGACUGUGGAGGCAUUACUACCAAGAAUCAGGCGGUCUCAUCUUUGUCGUGGACAGCGCUGAUCAAAGUCGGUUCCAUGAAGCAAAGCAAGAAUUGUUUAACGUCCUAAAAGAGCCUGAAAUGGCGCGAAUUCCUGUUCUUAUUCUCGCCAAUAAGCAAGACAUUAGCUUAGCCCAACCAAUAGAGGUCCUUAUUGAGCAACUAGGAUUGGGUGAUAUACCAGCUUGGCAAAGGUGGAACAUUCAACCAUGCUCGGCUACUAAAGGAGAUGGUGUUAUUGAGGGCAUGCAGUCAUUUUCAAGAAUGAUUAAAGAGUUUAAGAAACUCAACAAGUGAUGUUCUUGGCCACAGAAAGCUAUAUAUUCACAAUUCAUAUUAUAUUUUACUGAAGUCUUCGGAAAGCUAUUGACAAAAGUGUGCCUAUAUUCAGCUCACGUAUUACCAGUGUUAAAAUUUAACUUUAGCUGUUGAUACCUCUGUCACUGAUGUUUUGGCAACAUUGAAUGACGUCAUCAGUGUAUACGUCAUCAUGUGAAACACUGUGUAGUUUUAUUUAUCUGUUAAUGUAGAAAGAUCUUUUUUGUAUAAACCAUUUUAACAUUGAUUGUCUGUGAUUGUCUGUGCAAUUUAAAGAAAAAUCGAAAUAUUUCGCUUUGUAAUUGUUUCAUCAAGUACGUCAUAUAUAUGACUUCAUAUUGCCUGCAAUUCGACGUGUUUCUUUCGUUUUCUUCACGUAGUCAUUUUUUGUUUUUCUUUAUUAAUUUUGUUUGCAGACACUCGGUGAGUAUUUUCACGAGGAGGAAAUGACGUGAAAUAAAGAAAUCCCGAUUUUUCAA